AUGACAUCUGAGAUCAGUGAAAAGGCCUUCCCCCUCGCCGGCGACCGCCUGACACAGACCAUUCUUGAUCUAGUGCAGGAGGCCAGUAACGCCAAGAUGAUCAAGAAGGGUGCUAACGAGGCCACAAAAGCUCUCAACCGUGGCAUUGCUGAUCUGAUCGUUCUUGCGGGAGACACCAAGCCAAUUGAAAUCCUCCUUCACCUCCCGCUUCUCUGCGAGGACAAGAACGUGCCGUACGUGUUCCUUCCAUCGAAGGCAGCGUUAGGUCGGGCCGCACAGGUCUCCCGCAACGCUGUGGCUCUCGCAAUUUUACAGGCAGAGAACAGCCCCAUUUCCUCCAAGGUCCAGGCCGUGAAGCUGGAGAUUGAGCGCCUGCUCUAG